AUGAAUGUCGGAGCUUUUGGUGAUAGAGAGGUGGCUCUCAUUGCGGAUGAGCUUAGCCGAGCUGUAGAACUUACUCUCAAUCCCUCUGUAGCACAUGAUGACAGGAAACAAGCUUACACUGCCUGUGAGAGUUUCAAAGAAAAUUCUCCAUGGUGUGCUCAAGCUGGACUGCUUCUGGCUAGUGGAGCUCAGUACUCACCAGUAGUUAAACAUUUUGGUCUACAGUUAAUGGAACACACAGUGAAGUAUAGAUGGACCCAAAUAACUCAAGCUGAAAAAAUAUUUAUCAAGGAAAAUGCAAUGAAGCUCCUUUUUAUGGGUGGCUGGGAAACCGGUCACUUAAAUGAUGCAUUGGCUCGUGUUAUUGUAGAGAUGAUUAAAAGAGAAUGGCCCCAACAGUGGCCAACUUUGUUGGCUGAACUUAGUGAUGCCUGCAGUCAAGGACAUUUGCAUACUCAAAUUGUGUUGCAUGUGUUUUUAAGGCUGGUGGAAGAUGUUGCAACAUUACAGACAUUGGAGCAGCAUCAACGUCGUAAAGACAUACACCAAGCUUUAACGAGCAAUAUGGCAGAGAUAUUCGCGUUUUUCAUGCGUCUUAUUGAAAUGCAUGUACAAGAAUUUCGGGAGAAAACUGCUGCUGGAGAUUAUGCUGGAGCAGCCAGCAAUGGGCGGGUCGUUCAGGUGGUGUUGUUAACCUUGACAGGAUUUGUGGAGUGGGUAUCAACAAAUCACAUUGUGGCGAACAAUGGUCGCCUCUUACAGAUCCUUUGCAUUCUCCUUAGUGAUGAUGUUUUUCAACAACCAGCAGCUGAAUGUUUAUUACAAAUUGUUAAUAGGAAAGGCUCUACUAGAGAGCGCAAACCCCUUAUGAUACUGUGCAGUGAAGACGCGAUCUCGUGCAUCCACCGCGCCGCACUACAAAGCAUUAACACCCUCGACGAGCCUCACUAUGCGUUCCUUAAGAAACUUGCACAGGUGGUGUCGGGUCUGGCGGCGCAGUUGGCGUCGAUGUGGAGCUGCGCCGUGAACGCGGAGGCGUGGCUGCCGCUGCUGCUGGAGAGCGCGCUGCUGCUGACGUCGCACGCGUCGCUGUCGCUGGCGCACGCCGCCAACGCCGCGUGGCUGGCGCUGCUCAAGCACGAGGCGCUGCCGCGCACGCCCGCGCUGCAGGCCGUGCUGCCGCGCUGGCUCAACGCCGCCGCGCCCAAGCUGCUCAAGGUAACUUACCCGUCGUCGCGCACCAGCGGCACCCACGACGCGGUGGCGUACGCGUGCAUGGACUUUGACUGUGAACAAGAUUUUACGAAUUUCUUCAUUCGCUAUCGAUCUGAGUUGCUGGAAACUUUCAAAUUUUGUAUGACAGCAGCCCCAAUAGUAACUUGGUCAUAUGUUGAGCAAUGGGCACACACGGCUUUGGACAAAGUGGACUCUUGUCCACUACAACUUGAUGUGACACAUCCAUUGUAUGUUGAAUGGGAGGCCUUAGCUCAGAUGCUGGACGUGGUGCUGUCGCGGCUGCUGCAGGCGGAGCCGCGGCCGGGCGUGGCGGGCGGCCUGCGCCUGCUGCAGCGCUGCGUGGGCGCGGCGCCGCGCUCGCCGCUCAUGCUCUCGCUGCUGCUCUCCUUCAUAUCCGCGCUCUUCGUCUUCCUCAGCUGCGCCUACAGCCAGCUCGCCGGGCCGGGCGUGGGGUCCGCGGGCGCCGAGCUGCUGCCGCGCGUGCUGGACAAGAUCUUCGCGGCGCUGGUGUACGAGGGCACGCCGCCCGAGGACCGCUCCUGCCGCAACGUCAAGAACGUGCGGCGGCAUGCCGCCGGCCUGCUCGUCAAACUUGGCUCUAAGUACCCUUUGCUCUUGCUGCCAGUGUUUGGACGCUUGCACGAACUAUGUCAAAAUGCCCUAUCUCGACCUGAUCUCAGCGUAGUUGAAAGUGUUACAAUACAAGAGGCGCUGCUUCUAGUUUCUAAUCAUUUCUGCUGCUAUGAAAGACAAAGCGCUCUCGUAGCUCAGGUUCUCGGCGACUGCAGAGAGCGUUGGGCGGCGCUGACGCCGCACCUGCAGUCGGCGGCGGGGCUGGCGCGGCUCGUGGGGCUGGACGUGCCGCCCGGCGACGAGGACCCGGAGCGGGCGCGCGCGCGCCGCACGCUGCUGCACGCGCUCACGCUCACGCUGGGCGUGGUGAAGCGCACGCAGGUGCCCGCCGACCCGGACAAGGCGGCGCGCGGCGGCUUCGGCGCCGGCGUCACGCCCGCCGGCCACCCCGUGUGGCGCAACCCCUGCGCCGCGCACGUGCUGCCGCUGGUGCCGGCCGCGCUGGCGCUGGCGCGCGCGCUGCACGAGCUGCACACGCCGCCCGCCGCCGCGCUGCGCCACGCCGGCCACGCGCGCGCGCUGGCGCCGCCGCCCGCCGAGCGCCGCAACCUGCUCGCGCUGCGCGACGACGCGCCCGCGCCGCCGCCGCAACCCGCCGACCGCAUGCAGAACCUACUCAACACGCUACACGAUAAUGUGUGCCAGCUGGUGGGCGCAGCGGCGGCGUCGCUGGGGCGCGAGCUGUUCGCGGCGGCGGGGCUGGCGCGCGCGCUGGCGGCCGCGCUGCUGGCGCCGCUGCCGGACCACUGGCUGCGGCGCGUGCUGCGCGCGGCGCUGCGCCCGCUGCUGGCGCACUGCCCGCCCGCGCACUACCGCGACGUGGCGCUGCCGCUCGUGCAGCAUCUGGCGCCGCUCAUGCUCGUCCAUCUUAACCAACGCUGGGAAUAUGUUACGUCUUUAUACGAAUCAGGCAAACUCGAAGAAGAGGGCGGCAGCGAAUCUCAAGAGGUCCUUGAGGACAUACUUGUCAGACACCUCAGUAGGGACCACCUUGAUUUGCUCAAGGUGUGCCUAGUAGAAGGUGCAGCGAUAGCCACGGAGACGCCGACGGAGAUGGAGGACGAGAGCGCGCCGGCGCCGGGCCGCGCGCCCGAGCAGGUGUCCGAGCUGGGCGCCAUCAUACUAGCUGAUUCCAUUUCUGGACCUGCUGUCUUACAUACUAUAUUACGAGCACUGACGUGGAACGACUCGACGACGUCGCUGCGCGCGUGCGCGCUGGCGCUGCCGGCGCUGCGCGCGGCGCUGGACGCGCCCGGCGUGCUCGGCGCCGGCGAGGCCAGCGGCGCGCUGGCCGCCGUGCUGCACGCGCUGCGCCUGCACGGCCAGCACGACGCCAACCAGGCCGCGCUGCUGGCUCUCGCUGUACAGACAUACGAGGCCCUCCGGCCGCGUUUCCCGGGCAUCGUGGCGGUGCUGCGCGCCAUCCCCGACGUGGACGCGCACGACCUUCAGCGCCUCGACGAGAAGCUUACCUCAAACACCGCCAAGCCCGCCAAGAUAGAUAAGGGCAAGCGGGAACUGUUCAAGAAGAUCACUUCUCGGUUGAUCGGACGAAGUGUAGGGCAGCUGUUCAAGAAGGAAGUGUUCAUACUGGAUCUGCCGACGAUGCACAUACCGAAAGACAAGCCCCGGAGCGCCCUCGACUCCGCGGACGGCGCCGCGCUGGAGGGCCUGUUCAGUAUGAACGCGCCCACU